AUGCAGCAGGUGCUCGAUACAGUUCCAUGCAAGGUCACUCCGGAGAUGAACGACAUGUUAAACGCACCAUACACACAGGCAGAGGUCAAAACGACACUGUUCCAAAUGUUCCCGACAAAAGCACCUGGCCCGGAUGGUUUUCCAGCGCAUUUCUUCCAGCGGCACUGGGAGGUAUGUGGCGAUGAAGUGACACAAGUGGUCCUUAAAAUAGUGGAGGGGAAGGAGUCAGCUGAAUGCAUCAAUGAGACCAUAUUGGUUCUGAUUCCGAAGGUAAUAUCUAACCGUCUGAAGGUAGUGUUACCUGACAUAAUAUCAGAAGAGCAGUCUGCUUUUGUGCCAGGGAGAUUAAUAACGGAUAAUAUCAUCACGGCUUAUGAGUGUUUGCAUUUCAUGAAGAGGAAUAAGGCAAAGAAACAUCAAUCAUGUGCUCUGAAGCUAGACAUGAUGAAGGCCUAUGACAGGGUUGAAUGGUCCUACCUGCAAGCUAUAAUGCUCAAGCUAGGCUUUACGGACAGAUGGGCAAAUGGUAUGGGAGCAACCGAGGUGAACCUCGUCUUGGACAUCUAUUGUCAAGCUACAGUACUGACAAAGACGACAGUGGGCAGCAUGCCGGAGCUGCCUCAGGACAUCUUGUUGGGUAUCUUUGCCACCCUUGAGAUCCCUGACCUUGUGCGUACCGGCUCUGUCUGCUCCUCUUGGCGCCCCGCGUAUAUCAGCCUCCGAAGCCUUGCGCAGUACAAAUGCCCCCAGACGCCAUGCCUCCUCUACACUACCGAAUCCGCUGGUGAGAGCGUUGCGUGCCUCUACAGCCUCACAGAGAAGAGGUCCUACAAAUUGACCCUCCCGGAGCCACCUAUCCGCACUAGGUGUCUGAUCGGGUCAUCACAUGGUUGGCUGGUGACUGUUGAUGACAGAUCUGAGAUGCACCUUGUCAAUCCCAUCACAUGUGAACAGAUUGCUCUUCCGUCGGUGAUCACCAUCGAGCAGGUGAAGCCCAUCUUUGAUGAGCACGGUGCUGUCCAUAAGUAUGAGUACUCAUGGCAUACUGGGACAGAUGCCGGUCCUUACUCUCCGUCUAUCUUUGCUAUUGACAAGCUGCGCCACAAACUUCACUAUAAGGCGUUUGUGUUCCCUGAUACAUCCACGGGAAGCUACAUCGUCGUGCUCAUCCAUAAUCCAAAGUGUCAGCUCUCUUUUGCAAGAGUAGGUGAUGAUAACUGGACUUGGCUGCCACCUCAUGAACGAUAUAGCGACUGCACUUACAAGGAUGGUCUGUUGUAUGCGGUGACUACAACCGGAGAACUUCAUGCUUUCGAUUUCAGUGGGCCUGUCAUCACAAUGGAGAUGAUUAUAAGAAUGGACUCCAUAUAUGGCAUUGGCUACACGUACAUUGUUCAAGCUCCAUCGGGUGAUCUGCUUCUUAUUUGGAGAAUCAUUGACCAGUAUAAUUUUGAUCCUGAUCCUGGAUCAUCUGUAUUUUGGAACACUACGGGAUAUAUAAUGUAUGGAUUUGAUCCUUUGGGAAAUAAACUUAAGAGCAUAAACAGCUUGCCUGACCAUGUGCUGUUUCUUGGACAUAAUCAAUCUCCUUGUCUCACUGCCAAAGAAUAUCCCACUCUCAGGGCAAAUCAUGCCUACUUUACAGACGAUAAUGUGAUGCGGACAAUGGGAUUGAAGAACAGCGACCCUGAUAUGGGAACAAUGAACUUGGAUAAUUUCUACUCCAUGGAGGAACUUUUGUCUCCUCAGCUUUGGUCAAGCUGGCCAGCUCCCAUGUGGAUUACAUCUGAUCUUAGAGAGAUGAACUUGGCUUCAGGAAGGGAUUGA